AUGUUACUAUCUGCAAUGUUAAGACUUCCCAAUGCAGCAUUGCGGUACCGAUUAACGACCAGAUGCGUACAUAACACUAUGAGAAUACUGAAUGCUCAGGCAUUCGCUAUGCCUGCUAUGUCACCCACUAUGGAAAAAGGUGGUAUCGUCGAAUGGAAAUAUAAGGUCGGGGAUAUCUUUUCAGCGGGUGACGUGCUUCUGGAGGUUGAAACUGAUAAAGCACAGAUCGAUGUUGAGGCUCUAGAUGACGGGAAGAUAGCUAAAAUUAUUGUCGAAAAUGGCGCCAAAGAUAUCCCUGUUGGUGUAACAAUUGCAUAUUUGGCUGAUGUAAAUGACGACCUGUCCAGUCUGAAGUUCCCAAAGGAUUCCUCAAGUAUAGCAGAGAAGAAGGCUACUCCUAAGCAGUCUACACCAAAUAAAGGUACAACGUCAAGAAAAGAAACAAGUAGGGUAUCAAGCACUGACAGUGAAAAAUCCACAGGGAUUGGUUCUACGGAACUCUUACAAAAAGCGAACACAAAGCAGACACUAUUACCUUCAGUAGCUCAAUUGUUGGCAUCAAGGGGCAUUACCAAAGAUGAAGCGCUCGAGAAGAUAAAAAGUUCAGGUAAAAAUGGAAGGUUACUGAAGGGUGACGUUCUAGCGUAUUUUGGUUUGAUUCCCAAGGAAUCUGUUGUAAACAUUGCAAAGUAUAUCAAAAGUGGUGAGCAGCUAGACUUAUCUAACAUCGAAUUUAAAAAAGAAUCAGACAAGCUUGUGGAACAACAAAAACCUAAGGAAAAUGCGAAAGAACAGACCGUUAGAUCAGAACCUAUAAUUAUAACUGAGCAAAUUGGUUUGAAAGUUCCAAGUAACGUUACAUAUGAACAAUUAAGUUCUUCAUUAGAUUCAUUUUUGGAUGAGGCAUACCAUUUCACGCAUGAGCAACCUUUGACCAAUAUAAGGUCUGAUUUUUACGAUCCAAUAUUUGAACAUUUGGUUACACCCUCCCCAACAGAAGCAAGGUUUGACGUUACCUAUCAGUUAACUCCGGUGGAUACUGAGUUGAACGAUUGUGCUCAGAACGAUAUUUUUGACUUACUUUCUGCCUCUAAUAAAAGCAUACCAACGCAAAGGGGAAACGAGAGCGAUACUGAAACUUCUCAUAACGAAUAUAUACUAACCGUUAACGUUCAAGUCAACGAGAAGUUUUCUGAUUCCAAGGGCAAAUCUGAAAGAUUCAUCAACUAUUUGAAACAAUUAAACACUGUAUAA